AUGCGGGCGGUGUGCUGGGAGGGCCCGCGGAGUGUGGUGGUGGAGGAGAGGCCGCGACCCCUGAUCACCGACCCGCACGACGCGGUGUUGCGCAUCAGCAGCACUGCCAUUUGCGGCUCCGACCUGCACCUCUACCUGGGCAGUGCUCCGGGAAUGCAAAAGGGCGACAUCCUGGGUCACGAGUUCAUGGGUAUCGUAGAGGCCGUGGGCCCCGAGGUUCGCAAUGUGCGCCCCGGGGACCGCGUGGUGGCGUGUUUCGAUAUCGCGUGCGGGAGCUGUCGCAGCUGCCAGCGAGGUGCCUUCAGCGGCUGUGAUGUAACCAAUCCUUCCAAGGAUCAGGAGAUGCUGUACGGCGCACGCACCGCGGGCUUGUUCGGCUAUGCCCACGUGACAGGCGGCUUCGAGGGCGGCCAGGCGGAUUACGUGCGAGUGCCCUUCGCCGACAACAACCUGCUCCACGUGCCGACCGACCUCACGGAUGACCAGGUGUUGUUCCUGUCGGACAUCAUGUCCACUGCCUGGUUUGCGAGCGAGUUGGGAGAAGUCGGCCCUGGCAAGACGGUGGCUAUUUGGGGAGCUGGCCCAGUGGGCAUCCUCGCGGCCCACAGCUGCCAAGUUCGCGGCGCAGACAAGACCAUCCUCAUCGACGCCCAACAAUACCGCCUGGACCACGCCGUCAGCAAGAUCCCCGACCUGAUUACGAUCAACUUCGGAAAGGAAAAGGUUAAAGAGGCUCUAGAGCGUAUUGUACCCGGUGGCCCGGAUGUAUGCGUUGAGGCAGUCGGCUUUCACUACUGCAAGAGCAUCGCACACGCCGCUAUGGUCAAGACGAUGAUGGAGACGGACACAGCCGACAUUUUAAAUGAGCUCAUCUAUUGCUGCCGCAAGGGUGGAACCAUCGCGUGCGUUGGUGUGUACGUUGGCCUGACGAAUGGGUUCAACAUUGGAGCCUUCAUGGAGAAGGGCCUUACCCUCAAGGCUGGCCAGACUCCAGUACAGAAAUAUUGGCACCAGCUGCUGGAUAUGGUUAAGACAGGCAAGCUGGAUCCCACGAUGGUUAUAACGCACGAGUUGCCUAUCGAGGACGCUCCGCACGCCUACAAGAUGUUCAACGACAAAGUAAGGAGGUGA